AUCUCAGCAGCAUGAAAAUUGAUGACAGUUGUGACAUAACACAAAACUCCACUGCAAAAUUUGGCUUCUCUGGUCCUUUGUCCCACCAAAUCCAUGCAGACCAAUGAUCCCUCGUACACUAGUUUAGUUUAGAGAUACAGCGCAGAAACAGGCCAGCGAUCUUUGCGCACUAACUACCUUACACACACUAGGGGCAAUUUACACUUAUACCAAGCCAAUUAAUCUACAAACCUGAACAUCUUUGGAGUGUGGGAGGAAAACGAAGAUCUCGGAGAAAACCUACGCGGUCACGGGGAGAACGUACAAACUCCGUAUAGACAGCACCAGUAGUCUGGAUCGAACCUGGGUCACCAGUGUUGCAAGCGCUGUAUAGCAGCAACUCUACCGCUGCGCCACCAUGCCACUCUAACCCUAAAUUAACCGUAGGAUAGUUCUACCCUACACACACUAGAGACAAUUUACAGAAGCCAAUUAACCUACAAACCUGCACAUUUUUGGAAUGUGGAAGGAAACUGAAGCACUCAGAAAAAACCCUUGUGGUCACAGCUAGAAUGUACAAACUCUGUACAGACAUCACCCAUAGUCAGGAUCGAACACAUGUCUCUGGUGCUGUAAGGCAGCAACUCUACCGCUGUGCCACUGUGCUGUAGUAUUUUGUCAACGUUUAAACUUUAAAGGAAUAUAUUCACUUUUAUAUUAAUUUAAAAAAUACAUUUUACCUAAUUGAAAAUAUUUGUACUAUAUCUCACACUUGUAAUAGUCCAUAAUUAUUUUAAGAACUCCAAUUUCUUUUCCUUUCCAGAAAGUGAUCAUUGAGAAAAAAAAACAUGGGGGAUUGCUUUGAUUGCCACUAUUGUAAUGAUUCCCUCCUCGGUAAGAAAUAUGUUUUGCGAGAGAACGACCAGUAUUGUAUCAAAUGCUACGAGGAUCUCUAUUCGAAUACAUGUGACAACUGCAAGGCACCAAUUGGUAGUGACUGCAAGGAUUUGUCCUAUAAGGAUCUUCACUGGCAUGAACAAUGUUUCAAGUGUACUAAAUGUGACUGUUCUCUUGCUGGGAAAGCAUUUUCUGCCAAGGAUGAUACUCUCCUUUGCAUGGAAUGCUAUUCAAAUGAAUACUCUUCAAAAUGCUUCACCUGCAAAAAGACCAUCAUGCCCGGAUUUCGUAAAAUGGAAUACAAAGGAAACAGUUGGCAUGAAGCCUGCUUUACUUGUGAACGUUGCCGGCAGCCAAUAGGAACCAAACCUUUUAUCCCGAAGGAAAAUAAUAACUACUGUGUACUGUGCUAUGAAAAGCAGCUUGCUCAACAGUGCUCAUCCUGCAAGAAGGCAAUAACCACUGGGGGAGUGAGUUACCAUGACCAGCCAUGGCACAGGGAGUGCUUUCUGUGCAUUGGAUGCAAAAUGCAGCUGGCAGGUCAACGCUUCACCUCGAGGGAUGAAUUCCCUUAUUGCCUGGAUUGCUUCAGUAAUCUCUAUGCCAAAAAGUGUGUUGCCUGUUCCCAAGCAAUUGCUGGUCUUGGAAGCACAAAGUAUAUCUCGUUUGAGGAUCGCCAAUGGCACAAUGAUUGCUUCAACUGCAAAAAGUGCGCUAUCUCUUUGGUUGGUCAGGGAUUUCUCACAAAGUGUGAUGAUGUCUUUUGUCCCGAAUGCGGUCGAGAUGUCUAAACUAGAAAAUCAAAUUAUGCCUGGCUUUGGCGGUUGAAUGGCAUCAUCUUUCUAAAGUUAAAUGUACAUGCCGCAAUCUGCACAUAAGAAGCAUCUUGUCAAGCAUUUGGAUACAACAUAGAUUCUGAAUUAAGUUUGCUUCAAUAAUAGCAAGCAAAUUUCCUUUACAAAUAUCAAAGUGCUUAUCCCUUUAGAAUAAGCAUUUCCUAUUGCUUUCUUACAAAGGCUGCUUUCAAUCUAAUUGCUAUAAUAAUAGUCAAAGUAUAUUCUAUUAGAGUAAAUAAAAUGGGGAAAUUGUUGACAUCACAUCGCAAAUUAACUGAUGGUGACCUGAAGGAUCAUAAUUGGGUUUGAAAGGAAUAGUACAACGUGAUGGAUUACUGGCUCAAGACUGGUUGCACUUUAACAAUUUCAACCACACUAAAGCAAAACGAGGAAUUAUACUUUUCCAGACAUGCCAAUUAAAUCAAUUUGCAAAUUCAUAUGAAUUUUUUUUUUUAAAGUAUGAUCUGCAAAGUUAGAAAAACUACUGUUUAUGACAUUAUAUCCAAUUUUUGUUGAGGACCUGACGACAUACUUGGGGUGUUGAGAAUUAUUUUUGCAUGUUUUCUGUGUGAUUUACGCAAUGUGAUUGGGGAGGCUCCACAUGUGGAAGAAAAUAUUAAUAUCCUUCCUUACUUAAUUUUGAUUGGAAUUGAACAAGGUAACAAAAGGGUGUUUGGAUGUGACAAUUGGUAUCUCUCGUUGACCAGGUGUAGAAGAGGUUUGUGGGAAUCGGCAAAGUAAGUUUAGACGUAUUACUUAAUGUCUAGAAAUGUUGAAUGGUUGAUGAUAAAUGUAAACACGAAAUAGUAGACUGAGAUAAGGAAGCUUGUUUCUCUCAGCAGUGUGUUACAAUAAACCACCCGCUCUCCCUACUGCUAGUAGCGUAGGUACGUUGCAAUAAAUGGGAGGGUUUGCGAUUGGCUCGGAGAGGGGAUGGUGGCUCGGUCCACCUAAAAGGUGAGAGAAUAAUGUCACGAUGCCCUUGUAUUAUGCUUGACUUGUAUUAACCAUCUGUUGUUGAAUAUGUGACAUAAACAAUGUUUUAUGUUAUGACUAAUGAAAUAAUUGAUACCCAUGUAGUAGAUACUAUAUUUUUGUGUAGUUGCAUCUAACAAAGAACAAAAGAUGUUUACUACACAGUAGAACUGUUGGCUAAUUCUGCUGUGAAGUCAGAGAACUGGUGGGCCAUUAACUGCCGCCAUCUCUCCAUGUUAUCAUGCAAUAAAGUCUCUUGAAGCAAACCUGCAAAGUCUGUUGCUUUUCGUUUUCCUUUAAUUUACCUCUAAAUUAAGUUCUUCCACACCACACAUCACAGUGUGGAAAACAGUAUGAAAUGCAUGAAUCACAAAAUUCUUCUCCACAGGCAAGAUGUGCAGAUGCAAUGGGACUUGCACACAU